CCCUCGUAGAGCGCGACCUCGUCGUCGUGGGCGGCGGCGGCGAGGCACGAUCGUGGCAGUUGCGGGGCGGCCGCACCUUGGCCGACGGUUGAGUGCGAGCGACGGUGGCGGUGUAGGAAUACCGUCGCGGCUAAAACCCCACCGUUUCCAAGGCUGCCUGGAUGUCGGUGGUUCAAUCGUUUGGCUUGGGUAGGGUACCUGAGAUCCUUAACUUCUGCUACAAGUGUUCCCAAGUAAGAAUAUUGUGGGAAGCCAUCUGUAGAACAUUAUUUUAAUCGAAAAUACCAAUAUGGCAACAUCUGCUGAUAAAAGCCACAGUACCAUGUGGGCACGAUUUCACAGUGAAUCACCAAAUAAGGUUGUGAAAUUGCUGAGAAAAAGUAAAAGUAUGGAUACAUUGCUGGAAACCUCAAAUUGGACACUGAAGGAUAUCCCAGAAUAUGAUACAGUUGGGACCUUACUCCCGACAUCCUUACCAACAGUGCCGCUUACAAAAUGGGAGGCUCUCCUUCAUCAGCAUGGAGAAGACAUUUUCUCACAUCCUAAAAGAAACUCCACUACCAGUAGGAGCUGCCCAUCACUUCUGUGCAGGCCGGAAUCUGCUGCAGACUUUACAGUACACUGUGUUGUCCAGUCACGCAGUGCAGGCAUUCCAAGUAUUUCCAUUCAAGCUGACAAUGUUUCUAGUGAUGAAACAAAUCGGUUUGCAGAUGAAGAGGAGAGUUGUUCUCUGCAAACCACCAGAUGUACAGACGAUAACAGUAAAACGCAAGUGGAUGUAAAUCAAAAAGAUGAAUUCUUCUCUUGGGCUUUGGAACGAGCUGAAAAUUCAAAUACUAAAGAUCAAACUUUUGACGAAUUUGCAAUGGAAGAAAAGGAAGGUUUGAUUUUGGAAAAUGACUAUCUGAGCCCAACAGUGACCAUCCAUCAACAGGUGAAUCAAAGAUCUAAAGGAGGGGCUGAAGAUUUGGAGGAAACCUUGGAUCAAACGUACCAACAGAUGGAUAUAAUUGUAAAACCCGAACAUCUUGAACAGAUUGGAAGCAUGGAAACACUUGAAUAUUCUUUUGCUGGAUCUAAAGGAAAGUCUUUCUGUACAGAGGAAGAAAUGAAACUUGUGGUGAAGGAUAAAUCCCAGACUGACAAGAAUACACAAUCUAAAUUUGCUCUAGAACACUAUCAGGGAUUGGAUGUAGACCUUAAGUAUUCUGAGGAGCUGUUUGAUGAAAUUGAUGAUGAUGAGGAUGAGGAAAGUGCUGAAAUGGAGACACAAACAAUACUAUGCCUACCGUUUUUGUGUUGGAAAAGAAGAAAUAAACAUGAGGAAGAGGAAGAAAAGAAGGGCACAAGCUGCUUUGGGAGAUAACUUCCUGCCUGUAGAGAGAUCUGUUAAGAUGGAACUAAUCAAUCUGUUUUAUAAUAAGUG